UCCUACUGUUCGCUCUGUUCUGUGAUCAUGGCUGCACUGGACCACACCAGCCAUGUUUGCUAAUUUAAAACCCAAAGGUUAGGGAAUAGUUGUUUAUUAUUUACCGCUGUGCCAUCUUCACCCGCAUAACCGCUUACACGAAGGUUUAGAGGCAUCUACGCCUCCGAAAUCCAAGGACUGAAAGAUGGAGUCAAAUAAUCAUUUCAACUAUGGCACCCACUCCUCAGCAAACUCAGGACUGAAACUCUCCUCAGGGGAUUCUCUUUAUACUAACGGGUCCUCCAUGAGUUUUCCUCAGCAGGGGAAGAAUAUGAAUGGCGAAAUGAAUGUGAAUGGCGUCACUACUGUACUCGGGUCCGGUGUGCCUGGCUCCCACCCACCAACAGCUCCUUACCCACACAUGAGCAACCACCACCAGAGCAGCAUGGGCUACGACUACUUGUGGGGAGGACACCCUCAGUAUAGUCCAGCCAUGGGCACCUCUCCUGGGCACGGGAUGCACCAGAAGCAGCCUACACCUGGGAUGGUGCAGCCUCAGUCACAGCACCACUUCCAGGGUCACGGACAGUACCAGCUGAACGGGGGCAUUGAAAGCUCCCACCAGCCCCCUGUGUCAGGCCCACCGAACAUGCCUCUUACUGGGAGUCAGUACUGGAACAGGAGUAACCCUGGCCCACAGCAGAUUAGUUAUAAUUCCCACAGUAUGUAUGGGACCUACCAGAGUCAGGCACAUCCUGGAAUUACACCGUCACAGCAUCACCAGCAGCAGUCCUUACAACCGGCCCCACAUCAACCGUCACAGCAGCACCUCCACUCCCAUCGUCACCCACACCACCACCACCAGCAGCACCAGCAACCACAGCAUUAUGGCCUCAUGCCUAAUGGGAUGCCCUACUACCAGCAUCAACCCCAGCACCCGCCCCUGCCGUCUCCCCAGCAGCAGCCGUCACAGCAGUCUCAGCCCCAGGGUCAGGCUCAGAUGAUGCCCCCAGCUGCCCAGAAUUUUACUCCUCCACGUGGCAGCCCACAGCACCACAGUUUAGGCAGAGGGGGCACUGGCAGCCCUCUCCCUGUGGGGAUGUCCUCAACACCAAUGAUGUCACCGUCAACAGUGCAGGAUAGUGGAUCACCCAAGAGCCACAGCAGGGAGCGGAGCCCUCAUGCGAGCAAUGUGGGAUUGUCUGCCGUCAUGCAAGGGCACACGAGAGAGUCUGUAAAGGAGGUAGACACAAGCUAUAAUGGCAUGGAAAGGGCACCUGUUGCUCACAGGCUACCCAAAAGUGCAGCCCACGUGGGACCUGAUUACCGUCAGCAUUCUGAACAGCCAGCACCUCAGCGUCCAGAAAUGGCUUCCCCUGUUAGAGAGACAGCCGUUAAUACACCUCCCCAGUCUGUGUCAUCUCAGCUCUCUGAGUCCAGCAAGGCCUCAACACCUCCUCGGGUCUCUGCGGCUCCUGCUGUCUCUGAGUUUCCCACAUCCGCCCCUGGGCCGCCUAUAGUAUCAUCCCCUGACGUAGAAUCUGCUCCACCACAAGUCUCAACGCCCCCUAGUGUGUCCUCUGCUCAUUCUCCAGCUGCUCCUCCAAGACUUUCCUCACCUCCUCUAAUGAAGCAAGGCCUCAGGCCUCCCACUUCUGCUGUGACUGAGACGUCCCCUGCUGUAUCCAAGCAUCUGUCAGUGGGGUCCUCUUCCUCCCCUCUGCCUGCAUCACCUCAGAAGUUGUCUACACCUCUUGCUUCAGCUGAUAUUGUGUCUAGACCUGCAGCAUAUUCUUCAGUCCCUCCAGUCUCUUCUUCAUUGCAGUCUGUAGCUCAUCAGGCCAAGUCUUCAUUGCCUCCUUUAACUGUUACAACUGCACCCAUCUCAUCCCUUCAGCAGAUGGUUCAAGGGUCCAAGCCACCUCUGAUGAAGUCUUGCUUUCCUGAUACUUCUGGAGCUCAGCAUGAAAAGCCUGGACCCCCAAAAUUAAUGUUUUCCGCUUCGUCAGUGGGUGCAAAAUCCUCAUCUGCUGGUGUGGCUCCACCUCUAAUAUCCUCAACCUUAACACCACCUGGCUCUUGUAUAUCAACAUCUGCUUCUCUCAUGUCUGUGUCCAAAACUCCCUCAGUUGUCAGUAAACUUUGCGACCCCACACCCCAGCGUCAGACAUACACUCCUCCGCCUGCUGACCGUGGUCUUUCCACUGCUUCUGCAUCAUCAUCGCCACCAGGGGCGGUGAACUUACCCUCCCUAGCAGCCCAUGAAAGUCUUACAGUUCGACCUCUGUCUACCCUACCUCUUCUAACCACUCAAGCCUCCAGGACUGCACCCUUGUCCACCCCUCCUGCCUUGGUGUCUGUGCCCUCUGCAAAGGGUACGUCCUCUGGAGUGGUCCAACAUUUUGACUCUGGGCAGCAUCCUCCGGACACCACUCCUCCUCAUGCGCUGAAGCCUUUGUCUCCCAAGCCAGAGCACCAUGGUCAUAGUGAGGAUAGGAAAGCCUUGGCCAAUAAAAGAAAUGGGGAACCACAGGAACACCUCCCUCAGCUUGAUUUGGGCACAAUAAGGACAUCGCAGAGGGUGGACGCUACUGAUACUAAUAAGUCUGACAUUUGCUCGCUCAAACCCCUCACUGAUCUUCCUGAGAAACCUUUGCAGACCACAGUCGCUCCUGAUCAAAAGCCCAUGAAUAAACAGACAGCUUCUGAAAAGCACCACAUGCGAAGCUGUGAAGCUAAGGACACUAUGGUGGAGCAGUCUCCACUUGGAAAGUCUUCACAUCUUCACAGCACAAGGGAAGAACAUUUGACUGAUGAAGAAAGUUUCGCUAACUCUUCACAUACAGCUUCUCGCUUUGAUGGCAAUUCAACAUUCGACACCCCCUCUAGAAUCGACGCCAGCUCUGUCUUUGAAAAGACCUCUCUUCUAGAUGGUGACAGCUCAAGCGUAGAUGACUCCACUCACUUUGACAGCAGCUUUCACCUGAGAAAGGACACUUCUCAGUUUGACAGCACUUCCCAUGCAGAUGAGGAACCAUCGACUGCGUUUGAGACCACUAGAGAUAGCAACUAUUCUGUGGAGGACUCCAGAAAUGACACGCUGGACUCCACCAGGGAAGGAGAAACAUCUGAGGCAGAAGAGACCAAGGACAGCUGUCAUAUCACAGAAGAAUCCAUGCUGGAGUCUUCUCUGAACAACACUUCUCAGAUGGAGGAGCCAUCUGUCGACUCAAGUGAUGUGUCCAACUCACGCUCCUUUGUGCCAUCUCAGCCAGGUCCUCAAGAACCUGAAGCAGAGUGGGAGCCCAGAGGACACGACACACCAGACUCAGCUGGACGCAUUAGCAUUAAGACCACUGUUAAUGAAGCAAUGACCCCCCCAAGUUUCAAGAUGAGAGAUGAGAACUUCAUCGCUUUCAGUACCCCAGCAGAGAGCCCUGCUGUACACCCACUCCAACCAGUAACUGAUCCACCUGUGCCAGCUGCUGGUAGACCUCUGAAAACCCCAGGGAAACCACGCAAACCUCGAACUCCAAAGGCAAUAUGGAUUAAAACCCCAGCUCCUGACGAGGCCCAGCGAAAGCCUCGGGUUCGAACCCCUAAAGUGGAGAAGCCUAAGACUGAAGAAGAAGGAGGCAAUAAAGAGGAGGUAACCAGGGGCAGGAAGAGGAAGAAGCCUCUUAAGGAGGAUGCUAAAGAAGCGUCAGAUGCAUGUGGAGAGGCUGGGCCUCCCGCAGAGGAGGUUGAUCCCAUCACCGCCACAAUUGAAGCUGUUCUGGCUUCAGCUAUUAAGGCUGCAGUGGAAAAACCCAAGAAGGCAAGAAGGUCCAGGAAACAAGACCAAGACGGAAAUGUGGCAAAAACACUUAAACAAGAUGGCGAAACAGCUGCUGCUGAUGAUGCUGAAGAAAAUGAUGAUGACAGCUCCAUGGCAGGUGAAUCCGGCAGACAGAGGAGGGUUGCAACUGAAGAGCAGGUUCAAUUCCCAAUGCGCCAUGGUUGGAGGAGGGAGAUUCGUGUGAGGAAAAUGGAGAACCGCAUGAAGGGUGAAACCUGGUACUACACACCUUGUGGAAGGCGGAUGAAGCAGUUCCCAGAAAUAGUCAAGUACUUGAAGAGACACACGGACAGUGUGGUCAGCAGAGAACACUUCAGCUUCAGCCCACGCAUGCCUGUUGGAGAUUUUUAUGAAGAAAGAGAAACCUCUGAGGGUAAGCAGUGGGUCCUCUUGGCCAAUGAGGAGGUUCCUUCAAUGAUCAUGGCCAUCACUGGCCGGCGAGGUCGACCUCCAAACCCUGAUAAAGAGAAACCCCGCAGGGUUCGCGGCGUAAGGGGUGGGCAAGGCCGCCGCCCUGGUAGACCUCCCAAACCCAAGAUGAUUGACCUCCUUAGCAAAGUGGACGCCAAGCUGUUGAAGCGACUUGAAGCAAAGGAAGCUCUCACGGAGGAGGAAAAGGAGAAACUUGCAAAAAUCAAAAAGAAAAUGAAGAGAAAGGCAAGAAUGAAGAGAAGGGAGAAUGCCAAGCUCAAGAAGAUUAGAGACGAAAAGAAGAAAGCCAAGCUUGAACAAGAGGCCAAGGCCCAGGCUGAACAGGCUGACCCGACAGCCCCUCACGCCACACAGCCAACAUCAGGGUCCGCUGCAGAGCCCAAAAAGCCUGGCCGCAGGAGGGCAGUCAAGGUCGAGGCUCCUCCGCCUGUACAGCAGACCGACGAGGAGCGGAUUGCGCAGGGUAAGAGGGUGCUGGGUGCUCGGAGUAAAGCCAAGGCUCUGGCUAAAGCCCAGGCCGAGGCGGAGGCGGCAGCUCGGGCUGCUCUGGCAGCUAAAAGGACAGCAGAGAGGAGAGCGCAGGCCCAGAGACGUCUGGAGGAGCGGAAGAGGCAGCAGUUGAUUGCAGAGGAGCUGAAGAAGCCGACAGAGGACAUGUGUCUCACUGACCACAAACCGCUGCCAGAGCUGUCCCGUAUCCCUGGUUUGGUUCUCUCUGGCAAAGCGUUUGCACACUGCCUGGCUGUGGUCGAGUUCCUGCAUGGCUAUGGAAAGAUCAUCGGUCUCAAUAUACCCAAGGACAUCCCCAGCCUUGCUACCCUGCAGGAGGGCCUCUUGGGCUUGGGCGACAGCCAAGGAGAGGUCCAGGAUCUACUGAUAAAGCUGAUGGAGGCUGCACUCCAUGAUCCAGGCCUGCCAUCAUUCUAUCAGUCAGUAAAGAUCCUCGGGGACAAGCUGGUGGAGUUGGAGCUGAACCGCAGCACGGUCUCUGAAGUCCUCCGCAUCUUCUUGGAAUGCCAUGGUUACGAGGCAGAAGUGUGCAACACGCUGAGGACCAAAACAUUUCACGCCCUGCCUCCUGACACCAAGGCAGCCAUCUUGGGUUUCAUCGUGGACGAGCUUAACAGCAGCAACGUUGUCACAAGUGACAUUGACAACACAUUAGAAAACAUGGCAACUUACAGGAAGAACAAGUGGAUCAUUGAGGGGAAGCUACGCAAACUGAAGGCGGCACUAGCGCGUCGUACAGGACGCUCAGAGGAAGAGCUCUGUUUUGAGGAGAGGAGGCGCAGUGCCAGAGUGGCCGAGGAAGAGAACCUCAGUCUGGAGGAAAGUGGCCUCAUCCCGGAGAGAGGCAACCGCCGUGCACGCAAAGAAGAGCCUAAACUCAGUGAUAGUGAAAGUCCUACCAAUGCCAGCAUUCCAGAGCUUGAAAGGCAGAUAGAUAAGCUAACUAAGCGCCAAGCGUUUUUCCGUAAAAAGCUGCUACAGUCGUCUCAUUCCAUGCGGGCUGUAUUGCUCGGCCAGGACCGUUACCAGCGCAGAUACUUGGCUCUACCUCACCUCGGAGGAGUUCUGGUCGAAGGGCCAGAGGAGCUGCUGACUUCUGGAGAAGUCCUUGUAGCCGAGGUUCCUGUCACCUUUCUCAAAAAGGAGCCCAAAGUCGAGGAGACCCCCAUGCCCACCACUCCUCCUCCCCCUUCUACUGUCCCGUCCUCUCCUUCCUCUGCUACCCCUGCCCAGCCACAGCCACAGCCACAGCCACAGCCACAGCCCCAGCCACAGCCCUUGCCCGAGACUUUGCCUCUAGAGGAGGACCCCCUCCCCGGCACUGCGUCCCUCAUGAGCAGGCCGAGAGGACGAGGACGCCCCCGAAAAAUCAAACCAGAAGUGGAGCUUCACCUCCGCACCGCAAAGAUUCGCCGCCGGCGUCGAAGUAGUGCCAGGUCGGCAGGUGAAGAAGGGCCGGGAUCGCCGAACGGUGGCAUGCACGACCUCACACAGGCCGCUUUCCAGAGCUGGCUCAGCCAAUCACAGGAAGCGGUGACCAACGGCACAUGCUCAGCAGCGGGGGAUGCUCCAGAGGGUAAUCGACCAGAGGAGAGUGUGAAGGAGAUGGCAGAGAAACAAGGACAGUGGUUCAACCUGCUCCCCAAACAGCCAUGUGACGAUAACUCUCUGACCGAGCCCCAGACGCCCACCUCACCCAGCUCGCCCCCUAAACUCCUUCCUCAGAUUCCGAGCGCCCUGCCUGCACUCGCUGCUCCACUCAUGCAGCCUGACCCGCUCUUGCCUGGCCUGACUCCAGCUGACCCAGCGACCCCAGCACCACCACAGGACAUUCCCUCCAUGCUACCUGUUCCUGCCGGUGCCCCAGUACCACCUCUCCCACAGCUUCUUCCAGCUCCUCUGCCUCUUGCCGCACCUGCUCUCACCACUCCCGCCAGGCCGGGUCGCAGGCGGAGGAGAGGUAGCAGAGGGAGCAGUCCCGCCCGCAGGGGGUCAAGAGGAGCUGCAGCCAAGCGCCGUGGCCGCCCUCCCAACUCUGUGUUCCAGGAGCUUGAGCAGCAGUACUUCACACAACUGGUGGUCAAGCCCAUACCAGCAUCAAUGGUGCGUGGCUGGUGGUGGAUCAAGGAUCCAGAGGAGCUGUACAGCACCUUACAGGCCCUCCAUCCAAGGGGCGUCAGGGAGAAGGUGCUCCAUAAGCAUUUAGCCAAACACAUGGAGAGUUUAGCCGAGAUGUGCACCAAACCAAUCGACGACCCUAUCUUUGAGUCGAAGGUGGAGGUGAAGGACGUGCUAAUGGAGGCUCUGCAGCAGCCCUGGCAAGUACAGGAAAAAGCAAUGGAGACUGACAUCAGUUCCCUACAGUGGGUGGAGGACCUGGAGCAGCGGGUCAUUGCAGCUGACCUGCUUCUCAAGGCGCCUCCUCAGAGCGCAGUGAAUGAGACUGAGUCUAACACAGAGACACCUAUGGCAGAAUUUCAGCCCUACACGAUCCCAGAUCCAGACUCCACACGUGAAGACCUCCAGUACUACGAACAUGACGCCGACCCACGUGAUGACUGGAUUGUGCGAACCAAGAAGGAGUGGUCUGGCCUUCCACGUAUCGCCACGCACCCGCUGGACUUGGCCGUGUUGCGGCUGGCCAACCUUGAGCGAAACAUUGAGAGGCGCUACCUGAAGGAGCCGCUGUGGAACCCGGCUGAAGUGAUGCGCCUCGCUCCUCUCACCCCGACCCCAGGAGAAGAGCAUCCUAUGGAUGUCAUCAGUUUGGAAAGUGAGAUCACAUCUCGACUACGAACAUGGCGACAGGCUUUGGAUCGCUGCCGCAGCGCUCCCCAGGUCUGUCUGUGUUUACUUCAGCUGGAGAAGGCCAUCGCUUGGGAGAGAUCGGUGACUAAAGUGACUUGCCAGGUUUGCAGAAAGGGAGACAAUGAUGAUUGCCUGUUGCUGUGUGAUAGCUGUGAUCGAGGCUGCCACAUGUACUGUCUGAGGCCCAAAAUCACCCAGGUGCCAGAGGGAGACUGGUUUUGUCCUGCCUGCAUCAUCCAGGAGGAGGGCGAGUCACCGCGCGCGUGCAAAAAGAGGACCAGGGUGAAGAAGAGAAGAUAUGAAGACGACAGCUCUGAAGAUGAGAAGCCAGCACGACGUAGUACUGGCGGCAUGGCGACGCGGUACAAGGAGUCAGUGACACCCCCCUCAUCUUCCCGCUACUCUGGAGAAGGAAGUGGCGCUAAACGUCGUCGCAUGACAACCCGCAACCAGCCUGACCUCACCUUCUGCGAGAUCAUUCUAAUGGAGAUGGAGGCUCACGCAGACGCCUGGCCAUUCCUUGAACCUGUCAACCCCAGACUGGUGCCGGGCUACCGCCGCAUCAUCAAAAACCCCAUGGACUUCCUCACUAUGAGAGAAAGACUGCUACAGGGAGGGUACUGCAGCUGUGAGGAGUUUGCGGCAGACGCUCAGCUCAUCUUCAACAACUGUGAGCUGUUCAACGAGGACACGUCGGAGGUGGGAAUGGCUGGACACGCCAUGAGACAUUUCUUUGAGAGCCGCUGGGCGGAGUUCUACUCAAACAAGGACAAAUAGGAGCCUACGCCGUUCCCCCUGGUAGUGGGGCUGCAAACUGUUGGUGCUGUCACCGUCCCAGUCACACUCUUUCCAUUACUGCUAAGACUGUCUGGAGUUUCCUCCAGCUCUGCGUACUCUCUCAUGUAUAGGUAUAUAUGUAUAGAUUUUGGCUAUUUGUCUGUUAUUGUUUCCUCUACCGGCUGACUCUUUUCCAGGCCCACAGCUGAACUGGCUUGAACUCGUACCCAUUCCCCUCACAGAGUGAGAACACAUCUCUCUUCACUUUUCCUUCCUCCCUUUAUGUCUCCUCAUCUUCACCUCAGCACCUCAUCUCCUGUUGGCGUUCUCCUGUCACGUCCUCUCACGAGCCCCAUGUCGUAGCGAGGCCUUCGGUCAAGCCCUGCUUGUGGGGCGAUGACACGGUCUCAGGCCCUGAGUAUUUUGGUUCUCGGACUCGUACUGAAGGUCAGGGACUGAUCACACUAUCGCAGCCUAACUGCUGCAUACUGGACCUGCUUAGCGCCGCUCGACGACUAAAUGGAUCAAAACUCUUCACUGAGCUUGGGCCAUUUCUUACCUGUUCAAUGGAAAUGUAAUGUAACGUGGUCUUAUGCCUAGAAGUAAUUUUUUUGCUCAAUAUAUUUUUAUUAUAUAUUCUAUAUAUAAAUAUAUAUAAAGAUUACAAUAGCUGGGAUUAUUUAAUAGCAAUAGCUUGUAGUGAAUGUGUACAGAUUACCUUAUAGAGAUGUCUAGACGAUUUCCGAAAAGGCCAGUUAAACUCAAAGGAAUCUGUUCUUGGACUGUCACGAGUAGACGUUGUAUAACCUCCACUUAAAGUCUUGCACGCCACACACACACACACACACACACACACACACACUUCUCAGUCACUGACACACACAUUAACAUACACACAGUUUCACACACAUACCCACCUCCUGCUGCUGUGUGAAAGACACUGGGUUCUGAAACUGGGGGAUUUUUUAGCGUUGGUCAGUCAGUCUGGGCUUAGGCUCUUAUAGUUCACUGUCCCUCUUGUUACGAGUAAAUUAUCAGCUAGUUUCACCUGAUCUCUGUACGACUGAAAGGAUGCUACUGCAACACAUGGCUGCAAUGUUUCUCUUUUACACUAUGAAAUUGCUCUAAGACAACAUGGUGUUUGCAGCAACUGAUCCAUGUUGAAAACGUACUGUUUGUCUGUAGCUCGUCUGACCAGAUGAAAACAUUGAAAGGUGGUUAUGUGCGAGGCGAACAUCCUCCUCCCAUUUUAAAGACUAGAACUGCAAAGGAGCUCUGAUAGUGAGGUACUGGGCGCGUUCCCGCCCGGUUUUCUGUCUUACAUUCCUUUUUAUUUUUGCUGAACAAGGGCCAAUGUACGAUGUUGCGCGGCAUGGUCGGUGUACUAUGAAGGCGACAGGAUGACUCCACAGUCUUGGUUUUAUUUAAACGUGUUUCUUACACUGAACUCAAAUCCGUUGAUAGGAAAAUAAACUUUGAUGUUCCUUGUUACACUUAAAGGGACAAGACGUUUUUUCAAAAAAGAAAAAAAAAGACAUGAAAACCAAAUGUGGUGUUAAGUGAAUUUUUAAUAAUGUACAGUUUUGGUGACUUUAAAUUUGUUCCUUUAUAUUUUUAGGACCAAUUCAUCAUUUUUAAGAGGAGGUAUUACAAGACUCUGUUGUAUUAAGGUGAUGUAACACGUGUGCAUCUGUAGAAUGUACUGUGAGUUGAAUAAAAACCACAUCUAGUAGA